AUGUCCGCAGACUACACUGUCCCGAUAUCCGGGCUCGACGAGCUCAAAAAGCACCUCGACGACCUCGUCUCUGCGCCCGAAACGCCCCUUGAACCGAAGCUUCUCGACGAUGUAGAGCUUCAACUGAACGAAACGAACAUCCCUCCUCUCCUCCCGACUCUCCUCCCGAGCCUCACUACGAUCCUCAAAACAACCCCACACGACCCCUCCCCCAUCGUCUCCCUCACAAUCAAGCUCCUCUCCCCCGUGCCCUUCACCCAGACCCUCCAGCUCGCCGACGAGUCCUCUCUCACGACGGCCCUCCGCUCUCCGGCCCCGUCCGCGAACCUCCUGGCCCUCGCCAUCCUCGCCAAGGCCGCCUCCUCCCCCUCCGACGCCGCCAUUCUCUCCCUCAUGCCCCGCGUCAUCGAGGAGCUCCUCCGCCGCUGGCUCUCCGCCCCGCAGGUCGAAGUCGGCGAGAAAGCCACCCGUGUCCUCGGCGACCUCCUCGACGUCGACUGCGAGCUCCCGCCCCCCUCCGCCCUGCCGAACCUGGGCCACGAGAUCGUGAAGCGCCGGGCGCCGGGACAAGGUAGGAUGUGGCGCCGCAUCUUCCACGACCGCGAGCUUUUCAGCCUGAUCCUCUCCCUCGCCCGUGGCCAGGACCCCGCCGAGGGCACCACGCUGUCGGAGCACCAGCUCUCCCUCGCGCAGGGUCGUAUCCUCCGCAUCCUGCCGCGCCUCGCGUCCCUCAACAUCGUCGAGGUCGGCACCUCUCCGUUCCCAGACCUCACGGGCUCCGCAGAGACCGGGCUGCUGCAGCUUGCUGCGCUGCACAUGGUGGACAAGACGGAUACGCUGAUGCACCUGAGCCUUGUCGACUUCUUCGAGACGCUGCUGAGCGUCAUGCGCGUGGUGGAGCACUCGCAUCGGACGAUGGGGAUCCUGAAGGACGUCGUGAGGCAGGCGAUCAAGGACGACAACGUACUCAAGAUGGCCCUGAUGAGCUUGCAUGACCGGACGGUACCGGAAGAGUCGGACGCCCUGAGGACGUUCAUCAGGGAUGUCAUGGCAUGA